AUAACGUAGCAACUCUAGCUGUAGCACGAAGCUCCUCGGCCUCGUUCUUCGCAGUAAAUACUUUCAAUAAUAAUAAUAUUCUCGCUUUUGUUGGAUAACAUUUUUUGCUUAGUUUUUUACCUUAUUAGUAUCUCGUUUUCCCUCUCUCGUCACCCCGGGGAUUAGUCAUUGGACGUCGACUAGCUACUCAUCGUUCUCCAGUCUAUGAUCGUCGAUCAUCCUAUGUGAAGCCGGUCGGUUCUGCAUCAUUGAUAUUAUAUUAUUAUUGUAGUCAUUGUCUAGCAUUUGAUCUUUCAUUAUGAGUGUACAAGGAUUUGAAGACCUAAUUAAUGGUCCUUUGACCACUUUUGUUCAAUUAUCCAAUCAAAUUGGUGGCGAUGUAGCUACUCAGGCUACACUUGUUCUUAGUGCUUUUCAAGCUGAGUUUCAAUUCAUCAAAUAUGCUAGUGAACAUAGUGCACCAAGUGAAAGUGAAAAGCAAAAGCUAUUACUUCCUACCAGUACAAAAAUCCAAGAGAUCCAAACACUAAGAGAGAAAAAUCGCGGGUCUCCGUUUUUCAAUCAUCUCAGUGCCAUCAGUGAAAGUAUACCUGCAUUAGGUUGGGUUGCUGUGGCUCCUACUCCUGCUCCUUACGUUAAAGAAAGCAAUGAUACUGGUCAAUUUUAUACAAACCGUGUACUUAAAGAAUGGAAAGAAAAAGACAAAACUCAUGUUGAGUGGGCUAGAAGUUGGGUCCAACUUUUAGUUGAUCUUCAAGCUUAUGUCAAACAACACCAUACUACUGGAUUAGUUUGGGCAAAAGCUGGAGCAAAGCCAUCUGGAGGUCCCCCACCUCCACCACCACCAUGUGGAUUGCCACCAAUGGAUGAUUUAUGUUUAGCUCCUGCUGAUCCAGAUGCUACUAACCGUUCGGCCUUAUUUGCAGAAAUCAAUCGUGGUGCUGAUAUCACUAAAGGCUUGAAAAAAGUAUCAUCUGAUAUGCAAACUCAUAAAAAUCCCAGCAUGAGAAUUAGUGGACCAGCCCCUGCUGUAAUUGGCAAUUCAUCAGGUGUGUCAGCACCUAAACCAGCUGUUGAAAAACCUCCAGUGUUUGCUCGUGAUGGUAAAAAGUGGCUCAUCGAAAACCAAAAGAACAAUACUAAUCUUGUGGUUGAUGGUGCUGAAAUGAAUAACGUAGUAUACAUAUUUAAAUGUGUAAAUUCCACGAUUACAGUAAAGAACAAAAUCAAUUCAAUUGUCAUGGAUUCUUGUAAAAAAUCCUCUGUGGUAUUUGAAUCAUUAGUCUCAUCUGUUGAAUUUAUUAAUUGUCAGUCAGUUCAAAUGCAAGUAUUAGGUAAAGUGCCAACCAUUACUAUCGAUAAAACAGAUGGCUGCCAAAUGUAUUUAAGCAAGGAUUCUUUGAGUACUGAAAUUGUUACAUCCAAAUCAUCCGAAUUGAAUGUAAUGGUUCCCAAACCAGAUGGAGAUUAUUCUGAAUAUCCAAUACCUGAACAAUUUAAGACAAAAAUUGGACCAAAAGGUCUUGAUACUGUUAUUAUUGAAGCUUCUGGGUAAUUUUAAACUUUUACUCACUUGUUGAGUUCAACUUAUAAUCUUAAAUUUAUUCAGCAUUUAUUUAUAUAGAAUUAGAAGUGAAAAGUAAUAAUAAUAUUUAUU